GGAGUGCAAACGUAAUUCCUUUUUCUCCACAGUCUUCACAGGCGCAGGCAGCGCCAUGAUACGACAGCUUGUCUACGUCACUCUCGUACUCAACUGGAGGCUGCUAAGUAUCGUGAAAGGUUCGAGCUGUGAAAACGAUGACCAGAAACGUGUUUACUGCACUAAAAGCGGGUUGAUACGUCAAGACAUGUGCCCCAAUGUCGCACGUGUCUCGUGCAGUACCGGGACUUGGCCAUGCGCGUGCAAGGAACCGCUUCUCAGGAGUUCAGAUGGAGUAUGUGUCCGUAAAAAUAAAUGUGAUCCAAAGCACAGGAAGCCGAAACCCAGAACUACAAAGUUUCCUCGUGGAACUUAUAUUCCAGGAGCAGCCAUGAAGGUUCUUCAAAGCAAGAGAAGACUUGUGCGAGUCUCAGCAUCAAGACACCUAUGGCUUGCAAACGAUUGCUUCUGUAUGGACUCGGAUCACGUUGCAGAUUUUGUGCCCCGAAAUGUUGUCCGCACAAUGACGUGCAAGAUGUUCGGGCGUUUUGGGAAAUUCAACAACGCAUUGAUGAAAUUUUCGGCACAAAUUAUGUUCGAGCUUGACGUCGAAGAAGGCGUCACAGUAUUUCGCCUAAGGAGAUACAGAGCUGCUACCAAUAAAAUUCCGUUCGACUUUCCAAAUAAGGUGAAUGUGCUUUAUGCCAAUGGUUACUGCAUUGUGUUGCAGUUCCCUGGAGCAAAGAAGGACGAAGAAAUGUGCUCACUUUGGGGGCCAGAGAACGCAAGCGGAGUAGAUGAGCGAAUCUGCUUUGAUAUUUACAACAGAGAUUGCCCAGGCAAAAAAACUGCGUCAUAUCUAAUUCAUCGUGAACGCUGUGACCUACAUGACAAGUUGGUUCAAGAGCCCGGCAAGAAACGUGGGAGUAAAUAAACAAG